AUGACAUUUCUAUUCAUCUCAAUCGUAUCUGUUCUCACCUGUUUCUCGCUGGCUCAAGGCAAUUCCGUAACCGUAACAAACAAGGGUCCCAAAUCAGAGAAUAUUGGCUUUUUCAAGAAUGCCGGCGCUUUUCAACCAUCGUUUACAGCGGAAAAAACCAUUACCGUUCUACCGGGUCAAAGUAAAACGGUUGAGUUUGUUGCUGGGUGGGAAGGUCGUGCACAAAAAUUGACUGGUGCAUCCAAUGAACCGGCCACAUGGGCUGAAUUUCAUUUCAACGCCUGGAAUGACAUGACGUUUGGUGAUAUCAGCUACAUUCGGGGCAACAAUGGUGCUAUGGUUAUGACAAGUGAAGAUGGAUCAAUGAAAUCGGGUACUUCAGAGAAUUUGAUUGCGGAAGCACCUGCUUCACUCAGAAAGACAGAUUCAAGUGGCACUUCGAUUCUGGAUGCAACAGAACCUUAUACGGGUGGUAAGAACAAUGCACUGAUUCAGUAUUAUCGAAGUAAAGUUCAAGAAGGACAAGGGUAUAUUGAACACACGGACGAUAAAAGUGCUCACGGAACAACAAGCAAACAACUAAAACUUGAUGUUUAUUAA